CUGCCUGCUUGGAUUUGAAGGGGAAGGAAGGAAGGAAGAGAGGAGAUCCUGGCAGCUCGCUUAGAAAGGACGGUGGAUGUUUGCAGUCUGAGAAGGCCGCAGCAACACUGUGACUAUAGUGUCACUAAGGACACUGGUAAGAUGUCAUGGCGUCCGACCUACCGAAGCUCCAAGUUUCGAAAUGUCUACGGAAAAGUGGGCAACCGGGAACACUGCUUCGACGGUGUCCCCAUUACCAAGAACGUCCAUGACAACCACUUCUGUGCCGUCAACUCCACAUUCCUGGCAGUUGUCACCGAGAGUGCCGGCGGGGGCUCUUUCAUUGUUAUACCUGUUUCCCAGUGUGGCCGCCUGGACUCUCAUUACCCAAAAGUGUGUGGCCACCAAGGCAAUGUACUGGAUAUCAAGUGGAAUCCCUUCUUUGAAAAUAUCAUAGCAUCCUGCUCUGAGGACACCUCGGUGCGAAUAUGGGAGAUCCCAGAGGGCGGUUUGAGGCGCAACAUGACGGAGGCGGUGCUGGAGCUGUACGGCCACAGCAGACGGGUGGGUGUGAUCGAGUGGCACCCCACCAGCAGCGCCAUCCUCUUCAGCGCUGGCUACGAUUACAAGGUCCUGAUCUGGAACCUGGAGAUCGGAGAGCCGGUGAAGAUGAUCGACUGCCACACUGACGUCAUUCUCAGCAUGUCCUUCAACACAGACGGCAGCCUGCUGGCCACCAGCUGCAAAGACAAGAAGCUGCGUGUCAUUGAGCCGCGCUCCGGGGCAGUCCUUCAGCAAGCCAGCUGUAAGAACCACCGUGUAAACCGAGUGGUGUUCCUGGGCAACAUGAAGCGGCUGCUCACCACGGGGUUUUCACGCUGGAACACCCGGCAGAUCGCUCUCUGGGACCAGGAGGAUUUGUCCAUGCCAAUUAUGGAGGAGGACAUAGAUGGCCUCUCAGGAUUGUUGUUUCCCUUCUAUGAUGCUGACACACACAUGUUGUACCUGGCAGGCAAGGGGGACGGCAACAUCCGUUACUUUGAGAUUACCACUGAGAAGCCGUUCUUACAAUACCUAAUGGAGUUCAGGUCCCCGGCCCCACAGAAAGGACUCGGUGUGAUGCCAAAGCACGGGCUGGAUGUGGGAGCUUGCGAGGUGUACCGCUUCUACAAGCUCGUCACCCUGAAGGGUUUGAUCGAGCCCAUUUCGAUGAUUGUGCCAAGAAGGUCAGACACAUACCAAGAGGACCUCUACCCCAUGACAGCAGGAACUGAACCUGCGCUGUCCGCCAGUGAAUGGUUGAGCGGCAUUAAUAGAGACCCAGUCUUGAUGUCCCUAAAGGAGGGUUACCAACGGCCAAACCAGUUAGUGUUCAAAGCCCCAGUGAAGGAAAAGAAGAGUGUAGUAGUGAAUGGGAUCGAUCUGCUGGAGAACGUACCGCCCAGGACAGAGAACGAGCUCCUGCGGAUGUUCUUCCGGCAGCAGGAUGAAUUGCGGCGGCUGAAGGAGGAGCUGACCACCAAGGACGUGCGGAUACGCCAGCUGGAGCUGGAGCUCAACAACCUGAAGAACGUUAGCCCCAACAACGUCUGACCUCUCAGCCUCCUGGACUGGCAAAGCUGCUUCCUUUGCCCCCAAUUGUGACCUCCAACAAGCUUCUGAGCCCUCCUACGCCUCUUUUUUGAUAUAUCAUAACUUCACCCCUGCUGCCCUGCAUAGUGCACACAAUAAUAUGAUAGGUGUUGGAUAAUCUCUUUACUGGCGCAAUUACAGAAAUAUUGUAAUAAUUACAAAUAUGAUAAGUAAUGGAGACAAGGCAGUGUUCAUAGAUUUCUACGUUAACAUGAAAUCAAUCAUAGGGAAGGUUUGAGAUCCAAUCCAUUUAGGUAUUAUCUGUUUUUACAACGUAUAUCUAGCACACCUUAAGCGUUACGAUGAGUAAUUGCAUAUUUCCUGCCAGACCUCCUGAGUGUUUGUCUCACUGUGCCUACCCUAUCAUUCACUUUGCAAUACCUUGAUCACCACGCAAAAAAAAGCCCCCUACACUCAUCCCCCUACCACCAUCUAAUUCUCAUGUUCUGCUAAGGCAAAACUGGAGGUUAAAAAGACUGUCACUGGCUCCUAUGUUCCUUCCCCAAGGCCUUACACCCUGCUGCAGACACAGUUUGCAGUGAGCUGCAACAUCAUCUCAAAAUGGCUGACAUGUGAAGUACUUGACAGAUGAGACGAGCAGACAGGGAUCACGUUUUUUUUUUUCACACAGCUGCUAAUCCCGUAGCUUCUUUACUCACCUUCAGAUGGUGCUGGCUAUAGAUUGACUUCACAAUACUGACAUAUACAGUAGCUACCCAAAAUGCAGUCUUUUCUUCCCAAGGAUAGUGGGUAGUCCACUCACUUUAAGUGUUUUAUUCUUUAUUUAAAUAGUGGGAAAGCAGCAGGGGAGACAUGGAUCCAGAGGUGGUGGACUUGCGUUACUCAAAUAUGGUCUCAAGGGAAGCUUUGCUGGCUGUUAUUAUUUUUUAGGGCUAAUUUUAUGGAUGUUGU